AUGGGGAGAUGGGGGGAGAUGUGCUCGCACUCGUCCCACGCCGAGGAGCUCUGGGUGUCAAUCCUCGAGAAGGCGUACAUGAAGGUCAACGGAGGGUACGACUUCCCCGGCUCGAACUCGGGCAUCGACAUGCACGCCCUCACCGGCUGGGUGCCCGAGCAGCUGCGGACGGACAGCGGCGACUUCAAGCGCGACCGGCUGUGGCAGCGCAUGACGUCGGCGUCGAAGUUCGGCGACUGCCUCAUCACCGCGCUCGGCCUCGUGCCGACGCACGCGUACGCGGUGCUGCAGGUGCGCGCCGCGUGCGGCGUGCAGCUGCUGCAGCUCAAGAACCCGUGGGCGCGCAAGCGGUGGCGCGGCGCCUUCUCAGUCUUCGACCGACAGCGGUGGACGCCGGAGCUGCGCAAGGCGUUCGGCUUCGACCAGCAGGCGUCGCUGCAGCAGGACAACGGCAUCUUUUGGAUCGACUACGACUCGCUGCUCCGCCACUUCGAGGGCGUCUUCCUCAACUGGAACCCGCAGCUCUUCAAGCACCACACCGUGACGCACGGGCAGUGGCCGCCCCGCGCCGCCUUCCGCGACGACGCCGUCGACCUCGGGACCAACCCGCAGUACCAGCUCACGGUCAACGUGCCGCCCGCCGGCGCGGCGACGGCGGUCUGGGUCCUCCUCACCCGCCACUCCUCGCGGCCGUACAACCUCGCCAUGGCGGAGGGGCGGGACGCCUCUCGCGACGCCUUUCUGACCGUGCACGUCUUCCGCGGCGGCGCACGCGCCCACUACCUCGAGCGCUGCUGGAUGCAGGGAGUGUACUCCAACCGGCCGCACACGCUCGUCAAGUUCGACUUGCCCGCCGCGUCCGCGCCGCAGCAGCUCACCCUCGCCCUCGCCCAGUACAAGCCGACCGACUCGCAGGCCGGCCGCUCGCCGCGAGUCGACUUCUCGCUCGACGUCUACGCGCAGGCGCCCUUCACCCUCCGCCCGAUCGCACCGCCCGAGCCGACCGCGUCGCGCCUCACCGGCGCGUGGAGCGGCCGCACCGCCGGCGGCUCCUCGAACCACGACUCGUACGUCGACAACCCCCGCUUCCUGCUCGAGCUCCCCUUCGCCGCCAGCCCGGUCCUCGAGCUCGCCGCCGUCGGGCUGCGCGGCGGAGGCGCAGACUUGGCUGACCCGGCCGCAGCUCGGACGCGCGACGCGCGCAAGUGGCCGCUCCGCUCGGGCGACUACCGACCUGGCGGCUGCCGGCUGGCGGCGGCCUCCCUCCCGGCGGGCCGCUGGCUCGUCGUGCCGUCCACCUUCACGCCGGGCACCGAGUGCGGCUUCGAGCUGCGCGCCUCGGCGGGCCGGCUGGCGGCGCUGCCCCACGAGGCGCACGGGCUGCAGCGGCAGGCGGUCCAGGGGGCGUGGGACCGGCAGAGCGCCGCCGGCUCUCCGAACCACGGCGCCUUUUGGAAGAACCCGCAGCUGCAGCUCGUCCUCUCGCGCCCCGCCGAGCUGCUGCUGCGCCUGCGCGCGCCCGGCACGAGAGAGGGCCGCUCGGCGGCGCCGCCCUCCCUGUGCGUCGCUCUCUUUGACGGCGGCGAGCAGCGGACAGAGGCCACGGGCCGCGGCCUCUCCCGCGCGCGCGCCGUGUCCGAGGGGGGGCUGUACGCCUACCCAGCGGGGGGCGCGUGCUUGCCGCGCACGCCACUCCCGGCGGGCAUGUAUGCGGUGCUGCUCUCGACGUUUGACCCGUACGUGGGGCCGUGGGAGCUUGUUAUGUACGCCACCGAGGGGACGCUGAGGGUGGCCUCCUUCCGCUGAGAGAGCCUGAGUGUGCGCGUGUGAUCUGUGAUGUUGUGGCUUGUGUGCACCCGCGGAGACUUGUUUUUUUUCGAGUAAGACACGGACAUAUUUC